AUCUCCCUCCCUCUCUCCUGUAUCCUCCCCCACAGCAGCAGCAGCAGCAGCUUAGCCCCGCAUCCAGCUUCCUCCAGCAUCCAGCAACCAUCAUCCAUCCGUGCCUGGGAAGCAGCAUCAGGUCCUGCCCGGGCGCAGCACCGACCCACGGCGGAGGAGGAAGAAGAAGAAGAAGAGGAGGGGAGGGGACGCAUCCUCACCAUCCGAGUGAUGCCACAGCACCAACUCCAUUUGGAGCAGCAGCCCUGAGAGUUGAUCUGUUUGAGCGGGUUCUGGUUCAGGAGAGGACGUUUUUCCAGCCUCGAAGACAGCAGCAACCUGCCCAUGAAGAUGUCCAACGCUGACAUCGUCCUAAACGCCGCCGAUCGGGUGGUCAAAUCUGUCCCCUUCCCCCUAAGCCACCGUCUUACCAUGAAGGAAGUGUUCGACUGUGAAGGGAAGCCUCGAGUGGAUCUCCUGAAGGCCCACCUCACCAAGGAGGGCCGUGUGGAGGAAGCUGUGGCGUUGAGAAUCAUCAAUGAAGGAGCGGCAAUCCUGCGCCAGGAGAAAACUAUACUGGACAUUGAGGCGCCAGUCACAGUUUGCGGGGACAUCCACGGGCAGUUUUUUGACCUGAUGAAGCUUUUCGAAGUGGGAGGAUCACCAGCCACAACACGCUACCUGUUCCUGGGGGACUAUGUCGACCGUGGCUACUUCAGUAUUGAGUGUGUUUUAUAUCUUUGGUCACUGAAAAUCCUCUAUCCAAAGACACUAUUUUUACUGCGUGGAAAUCAUGAAUGUAGACAUUUGACAGAAUAUUUCACCUUCAAACAAGAAUGUAAAAUCAAGUAUUCAGAGCAGGUGUACGACUCGUGUAUGGAUGCGUUUGACUGCCUUCCUCUGGCUGCGCUCAUGAACCAACAGUUUCUGUGUGUCCAUGGCGGACUCUCACCUGAAAUACACACCCUAGACGAUAUUAAAAAGUUGGAUCGGUUUAAGGAGCCGCCGGCUUUUGGGCCCAUGUGCGACCUGCUUUGGUCGGAUCCUCUGGAGGACUUUGGUAAUGAGAAAACCCAGGAAUACUUCAGCCACAACACAGUGCGAGGGUGCUCCUACUUUUACAGUUAUCCAGCUGUGUGUGAGUUCCUACAGAGCAAUAACCUAUUAUCAAUAAUCCGAGCACAUGAGGCACAAGAUGCAGGUUACCGGAUGUAUCGUAAAAGUCAGACCACGGGAUUCCCAUCCCUCAUCACCAUCUUCUCUGCGCCAAACUACUUGGAUGUUUACAACAACAAAGCUGCCGUGCUCAAAUAUGAAAACAAUGUCAUGAACAUCCGACAGUUCAACUGCUCGCCUCAUCCUUAUUGGCUGCCCAACUUUAUGGACGUCUUCACCUGGUCACUGCCCUUUGUUGGAGAGAAAGUCACAGAGAUGCUGGUGAAUGUGUUGAGUAUAUGCUCCGACGACGAGCUAAUGAACGAUGAGGAUGAGAUAUUCGACGCCAAUGCAGCUGCAGCACGCAAGGAAGUGAUCCGAAACAAGAUCCGUGCUAUUGGGAAAAUGGCCAAAAUGUUCUCGGUUCUCAGAGAGGAGAGUGAAAAUGUGUUGACGCUCAAGGGCCUAACGCCCACUGGCAUGCUGCCAAGCGGGGUUCUCUCUGGGGGCAAACAGACGCUGCAGAGUGCCACCAUUGAGGCCAUUGAAGCCAUCGAGACGCAUGAUGAGGACAGAGAAGCCAUCCGUGGCUUCUCCCCCCAGCACAAGAUCACCAGUUUCGAGGAAGCCAAGGGCCUGGACCGCAUCAACGAGCGCAUGCCCCCUCGGAAGGAUGGCGUCAACCACGUGGGUCACUCCAUGGGAAAGAUGAAUAUGUCCGAGGCAAACGGCACGGAUGACAACAGCAACAUCCAGUGAGCCUCGGUUGGUGGUGGUUGUGGUGGAGGUAGGGGGGCAGCAGCGACCUUUGCAGGUGUUGCCCGUGCAGUGAGACAUUGCCAAAUCGGAAAUUCAGGCCUCAGAACAUAGAAACACAAACAGGCCCACAGCAGAUAGGCAGACAGACGGUGAAAUCUGCAGCUAAUGUAAAACGAGCUAAACGGUCAUUUGUUUGGUGACAGUAUGUCAUUGCACAGUUAGAGGAGAGUUGUUGUUUCCUUCCUCUGCUCUAUUACAGACUCAGUCGGACGAUGACGGAAGACAUGAUUGCAGUAUCUAUGCCAUGCUGAUUAUUUUACUCUUUUAUAAAAGUGUUUAUAACGAGUCACUCACAAAGUCACCGCUUGAGGAUAUUAAUCUUGCUUUGAGAGUAUUAAAACAAACUCACAACACCUUUGGGGCGAAAAGAAAGCAAAAAAUGUGUGACUAAUGUGGCAGCAUAGUGCAAGGAUCAUAUUUGGUUUCUUUAAACUGGAUUUCUCACUAUGAGGCAGUAGAACCAUGUGAAUUCACCCAGCGUAUCAGCGAAGAACAGGAAUGAUUAACAAUCACGGACACUUUAUAAAUACUAUAUGCAGUGUGGGUUUAGCGCUUUAUUUAGCACAGAACCCAAUUUGGUUGCUUCCGAAUGGAUCCCCUCUAUGAGACGGAGGACCCAUGUCAAUUCACCCAGCUAAUCAACAGAGAAAAAAAAUUACACAUAAUGAUGGGCUUAGCGCUUUAUCUGGCAAGGAAACAAAAUUGAUUACUUCCGAAUGGAUCCCCUCGCGAUGAGACCGUAGAACCAUGUGAAUUCUCUCAGCCAAUCAGUUAAAAAAAAAAACUCUACAUAAAUAAUGUCUAAACUUGCAGCGCUUUAUCCGGCAAGGAACCAAAUUUGGUUACUUGAAAAUGGACCCACUCUCUAUGAAGAAAUAGAACCAUGUGGAUUCUUCCAGUCAAUCAGUACAAAAACUCAUUCUAAUACUAUACAUAAAUAAUAACUAGGGAUGCUCCGAUCAGGUUUUUAUGCUACCGAUACCGAUCAUCCACAGGUGAAAUCGGGCGAUACCGAUACCGAUCACGUAGAUUAGGUGUACAUUUUAAAAUAAAACACAUUAAAAACAUUUAUUUUCCUAGCUUAUUUUAAACCGAACAAAGCGAAUAUGUUUGUUUUACCAGAACAUUAACAAAAUGCUGGUAUCCACAACUCACAUUUUGUAUUUCAGAAUGCAUUUCAUUCUUGUGUUCUCACGUUAUUAACUGAAAACCUGAAUAAAAAGCAGGCUUGCAGGGGCCUCGUGGUUGUGGGGGGCUCCCUGGUGCCCGUGGGCAUGACGUUGGUGGCCACUGGGCUAUAUACAAAAUCACUGGUGAACUUUGGAUGCAAGAGCAUCCAGCAGGACCCCAGGAAGUCGGCAAACCCGGUUUCCUCCACUGCCGCCGAUGUCCGGCCAUCCAGCCUGACAAAUCCAAACACUGUUCGGGCUAUCACGGGCACUGCCGGCCACCGACGAUCACAUCGCAAGCCACGAAAACUCACCACACCCUGCGAAGUGCCCGCCCCCCCCAAAUGCCGCACCAAACUAAAGCUUUUUAAGGCGUGUUUUGCAGGGUACAAAACCUAUAUAUCAGUCUCAUAACGACAGGAUGUCCCACACAGCAGACAUGCUUGUUUUGGCUUUGUGAAGGGAAAGUGGGUGGGAGAUGGUCGCUAUAGGCUGGCUGCAGCAGUGGGGGCGGAGCUGAACGGCGAAGGGAAUCGGCAUUUAAAAGAAAGUAUUAGCAUAUGCCGAUACCGUGCUUUUUCACGGAAAUCGUCCGGUACUGAUCGGUGGCCGAUUUAUCGGAGCACCCCUAAUAAUAACCCACAGUUGUGGCGCUUUAUCUGGCCCGGAACCAUAUUUGGUUAUUUCAGAAUGGAGGCACUCUCUAUGAGACUCUAGAACUGAGUGAAUUCACCCAGCUAAUCAACAACGAAAAAGGAUGACAUAGAAAUAGAAACUGUGUAAGAGUUAGCGCUUUAUAUGGCAAGGAACCAAUCGUGGUUGCUUCAGAAUGGACCUCCCUUUACAGGAGAACCAUGUCAAUUCACGCAGCCAAACAUUACACAACAAAACCGUAUAAAUAAUGUCUGAAGUCUGGUUGCACAUCUGGCAAGGAACCAAAUUUGGUAACUUCAAAAUGAACCUGUAAGUCAAUAUAUUUGAUCUUACUGAUAUUUUCUUUAAAGAUGAUCUCCAAUAAAUCACUGCAGUGUGAGAUUAAACCUCCACAUGACUCGCCGCCAGUCAUCUCCUAGCAUUUCGGAGGAGUUGAGGGCAGAAAAGAGGGGAGUUGGGAGACUUAAUCUUCUCAACAUCUACAGUAUCUUCAUAUGUGAAUGUUAAAAGGUUUCCAUUUUUAUAUCAAGGCUCUCCUCCAAGCUACGUUAUUACUUGUGAUCACGUUGGCAAAGCAUGACUUUUACCUCGCACAUCCUCACUUUCUGGGAAAAUAAAAAUAAUUUGAGCUUUCUCCUCCUUUUGAUGAAGACGCUUCAGCAAUCACGUCUGUGUUGCUAUAGGACCGGAUCACAGAGGCGGAGACAAGAGGAGAUUUGGGAAUUUUUGUAAUAAUAAUAAUAUAUCCUGCUUGUCCAGCACUGCCUGGUUUCUUACCUGCUUGUCUCUGAAGGGGAAGAAGAGAUGUGUGCUGUCACUCAGGUGUGCAUUAGCGCCCCUUUUGUUUGUGUUUUUGCACAUUUCACAGAGAUUACAUGUGUAACAUCUACACAAAGAACUUGAGAAUUACACAAAUAGGCAGCAACCCGAACAUUUAUUUUAAUUAUUUGAGAACCUGUUUAUUCAACGGAAAAUCUCACCAUGGAGCGUGACUGAGCUGAGCGUCCACACUGUGAUCCAAAUAAUUCAAUCCAAUUGUAAAGAUUUUCUUACAUACUGAAAUGUAACAAAAAGCAUCAGUCUGCUUGUUUUGACGUUGAAUUUGUAAGAACCCUAACUUUAAAGGAACCCCACAAUGAUCAGACUUGUAUGAUAGAAGACAGCAUCAGUUUUCUAAAUGUCAUAUUCAAAUCCAGGUUUGUAUUUUAUUUGUAAUAUUUAGAGAAGGAAAUAUGAUAACGCUGGGGGCCGUGUGGUUAGCAUGUUUGCUGCAAAGUCAGACCUGGGUUCUCCGCUUGGGAGAAUCUCCGCUUGGGCAUCCCUGUGUGGAGUUUGCAUGUUCUCCCCGUGCGUGCGUGUGUUUUCAUUGGAUACUCCGGUUUUCUCCCGCAUUCCAAAAUCAUGCAUGUUAGGUUAAUUGGCGACUCUAAAUUGUCCAUAGGUAUGAAUGUGAGUGUGAAUGGUUGUUUGUCUAUAUGUGCCCUGAGAUUGGCUGGCAAUCGGUCCAGGGUGUACCCCGCCUCUCAGCCGAAGUCAGUUGGGAUAGGCUCCAGCAUACCCCCGCUACCCUAAUGAGGAUAAGCCGCAUAGAAAAUGGAUGGAUGAUGACGCUGGAGGCCACUGUUAAAAGAAAAUGGCGAGAACACAGCCUCAUUCUUUGGAAGUUGUUCCCUCUCCUUUUAAUUAAUGGAAAUUGUAACGUUUUUUGUUUUUUUUUCCAGAGAUCCUUAAACGGACUGUGUGCAACGGAAAUUCUAUUUUUUUCCAAACAAAAAAAACAUGCCAACACCAAACAUAUGUUACUACUCUGUUUAAAAGAGCAGAUUGUACAAAAGUCUAUAAUUUUCACAAUUAAGAGUUAAACUGCAUAAAAAAUACUGGCAAUUUUCAUUUGGCCCGAAUAAAAUAACUGGUGUUCAUGGCUGUCACUCACAGCUGCUGAUAUUUACGUACAUGUCCGUGGCAGUCAUGUCGUUAUUAUGACAGGCUUUACAUUCAAUUACAGCUAACGUGAGGAGCUAAACUUUGUCAAAUCGCUAACAUUAGCUGACAAUAAACUAAACUAGUGUGUGUCAUGUCUCACGUACUCAAAACAGGAAGAGGCAGGAUAUAAUGCCAGCGGUACAUUCGAACGUUUGGCGCCCUGUAGGCAGCUGGAGGAACCCGCUGCACACAAUCCCCAACAACUUGCACAAUUCAAUGUGUCCAAAAAGGAGUAGGAAGAAGUGGAGUUUCUUCUCUGUGUUUCAGCCAUUACUGAUUGACAUUGUAGCGAUUCGGGGCUAUUUCUUCAAAUUCAUUUUGUUUUAAAAACUACAGUAAAAUCUAUGUAAUGAUUUUAAUAUCACAUUUAUAAGUGAGCUGGUCUUCUAUCAUAAGGCAAACUUGUCUGAACAUUGAGGAUCCCCUUCAAGAAACACAAAGUUCUGGAUUUUUCCUUUCAUUUUUUUAAAAAUUUGUACUCAUCUUUCUAUAUAACGAUAAAGGUACAGUAUGUGAUUUAAAGACGGAUGAAACAGUGAUUUUUAAACACAGCAUCUAUGGUAUGGAACGCAUCAAUGCAUGCAGUUAAGUUCCUAAUUGUAAUGUGAGAUUAUAAUUGUGAUACUGUAGUUGUGUUUCAAAUAGUAAACUUGAAUUCUUUUACGAUUACAUUCAAUUUGUUGGUUCAUUUGUCUUGUUUUAUAACAUUUUAUAUAUAGGCUUCCUUUUUUGGUUUGUGUCCAUAUUCAUUUAUGAUUUAUUACCACUGCUUUUAAUUUUAUAUUGGUUUACUGUGUGCAGGGAUGCCCUUCAAAGUGUUUAUUUUUCUGUUGUACUGAUGUACAGAUGUUUAAUAGCGUGAAUGAAUAUAAUCUCAAUGAAAGCUACUUUCAGGCUGCCAAAGCAUGAUAGCAUGGUUUUCAGAUGUAAAUGAAUUGGACACCAAAAGAAUCAUGUGUCACACUUGCGUUUAAACAAAGAAACAUUGUACUGGUUCUAUUUACUGCUGAUAUUACUAUUAUUGUUACAAUUUAGGCUUUAUGGUUAUUUUCCUUUCCUCUUGUUCUGGUUCUUGUAUGGUCUACAUGCAUAUUUUGACAAACACAUAUAAUGGAUUUUAUCUUGCAACAUGUUUUUUAAUAUCUCUACAAAUAUUAUGUUGUUUGUUUGGGUUUUUUUUUUUUUUUUUUUUGCAUUU